CGCGCCUAUUAAAGCCGCGGCGGGCGGCACCGCGCGCGCGGAGCGUGACGGCGGCGGGCGGCUCGUGGGGCUCCGUCUGUGGCGCGCGGCCCGCCCGCUCUCUCAGGUACCUGGUGAGGUGACAGCUUUGAGCUACAGCUAUGGCAUCCAACAAGAUGUGGUGCACCGUUGCCCUUGGAUUUCUGCUGCCUUUUUCUUUUGCCCAUACGGACUUCUUCACCUCAAUUGGCCAUAUGACAGACUUAAUUAACACAGAGAAAGAUCUGGUGAUAUCACUGAAAGAUUACAUCAAGGCAGAAGAAAGCAAGCUGGAACAGAUCAAAAAAUGGGCAGAGAAAUUGGAUAAGUUGACAGAUACUGCUACGAAAGACCCCGAAGGUUUUUUGGGACAUCCUGUAAAUGCAUUCAAGCUGAUGAAACGGCUUAACACAGAGUGGGGCGAACUGGAGAGCCUGGUUCUGAAGGACAUGUCGGAUGGCUUCAUCUCCAACAUGACGAUCCAGCGGCAGUUUUUUCCGAACGAUGAAGAUCAGACUGGUGCAGCAAAAGCCCUCUUGCGGCUUCAAGACACGUACAAUUUGGAUACAGACACCCUCUCAAGAGGGAAUCUUCCAGGGGUAAAGCACAAAUCCUUUUUAACAGCUGAAGAUUGCUUUGAGCUGGGAAAGAUUGCGUACACAGAGGCUGAUUACUACCACACUGAGCUCUGGAUGGAGCAAGCUCUGAAACAGCUGGAUGAGGGAGAAGUGUCUUCUGCAGAUAAAGUCUAUAUUCUGGACUACCUGAGUUAUGCUGUGUAUCAGCAGGGGGAUCUGAGCAAAGCAAUGAUGCUCACCAAGCGCCUUCUCGAACUGGAUCCUGAGCAUCAAAGAGCAAACGGAAACAUGAAGUAUUUUGAAUAUAUCAUGGCCAAAGAAAAGGAAGCCAAUAAGUCCAGUACAGAUGCAGAAGACCAGACAGAGAAGGAAACUGAGUUUAAGAAAAAGGAUUACCUGCCUGAGCGAAGGAAGUACGAAAUGCUGUGCCGUGGGGAGGGUCUCAAAAUGACUCCUCGGAGACAAAAAAGACUGUUCUGCCGCUACUACGAUGGAAACAGGAAUCCUAGAUACAUUCUGGGCCCUGUCAAACAGGAAGAUGAGUGGGACAAGCCUCGAAUUGUUCGCUUUCUUGAUAUCAUUUCUGAUGAAGAGAUUGAAACUGUGAAAGAACUAGCAAAGCCAAGGCUGAGCCGUGCUACUGUUCAUGACCCCGAGACUGGGAAACUGACCACAGCACAUUACAGAGUCUCUAAGAGUGCUUGGUUGUCUGGAUAUGAAAGCCCUGUGGUAUCUCGCAUUAACACCAGGAUACAGGACUUAACAGGGCUCGAUGUCUCCACAGCAGAGGAACUUCAGGUAGCCAACUACGGAGUAGGAGGCCAAUAUGAGCCUCAUUUUGAUUUUGGAAGGAAAGACGAACCAGAUGCUUUUAAAGAAUUGGGAACAGGCAACAGAAUUGCUACAUGGUUGUUUUAUAUGAGUGACGUGUCAGCAGGGGGAGCUACCGUCUUUCCUGAAGUAGGAGCAAGCGUUUGGCCUAGAAAGGGAACAGCUGUAUUCUGGUACAAUCUCUUUCCAAGUGGAGAAGGAGAUUACAGCACACGGCACGCAGCCUGCCCAGUACUAGUUGGAAACAAAUGGGUGUCCAAUAAAUGGCUCCACGAGCGGGGACAGGAAUUCCGAAGGCCGUGCACGUUAUCAGAGUUGGAGUGAUGCAGAUUCGUCCUUCUCCUCUGUAUUCAGUUUGUGUAAAAUGCACACAUCUCCUACAGUUUACAGUUGACUAACACUCCACUACAGAUUCAGUCUUCAACUACACCAGUGUUUCAUCUGUGGACAAAAAACCCCACGCUUUCAGUUCCUUCUAAAAUAUCCCUUUUAAGGUUUUAUAAACAGAUUAUAUUGAGUUUAAGGUCUCUGAGUGUUACAGGAAAAAAGAAGAGAACAAAUUACAGAUGAGGGCUACAACCAAGAGUGGUGUUGUGUGAUGUUCCUUCACCAUAGCCCCUCUGAGCAGCCACUGCUCGCUUGCUUUGGGCUCACUGCAACUGUCUGUUGCCCGAUGAUACAGUGGGAGGGCUCCUUUCGAAGGAAGGCUGAAUUAAAGCAGUUCCUGUUCUAUUUUCAGACAUCUGGCUCCUUGCUUUUCUAGAGUGCAUGAAAACUGUGGCUGUGGUUUGUCUUCAUGUGGGAAAGAGCCUGUUAUCUGUUGCGGCCUGUUUUCCAACUCCAUAAAAGCCCAAAUUUUUGGUCAGUCUUCCUUCUUAGCUUUUAUGGUGAAUUUGGCUCUUCACCAUGAAAACAUGAGCCAGCAGUUGCACAUGCAUCAAUGAAAUGCUUCAGCAGUGUUACGUCAAACACAUGCCUGCAUCAGAGCAGCCUGACAGUGAGCAGAGCCUAUCUCCUCUGUUUUUUUUCUCUAUUGUUUGUCCACAUCAAAAGAAACAAAUGCUGCUUUUAUUCUGUCCUAGUGGUAAACACAUCUGUUCCUUGGGCAGUGGGGAUGGGAAUGUUUCCGUCUUCAUUACUAGCAGUAAUUGUGCCUUUGGACACUGGAAUUUCAAAUUGGUUAUGAGACUUCAGGUGAGGAGGUAACACACUUGUCACAGAAUGCUCUCCACCCCUGUCCUCCCAGUUCUCAAGUUCUGUGAGAAAUUGAUGGCCUAUUUAUAAUCCUAGAUCCUUUUUAGAUUGCUUUUUCUUUUGCAGAUGUUUUUGCUGCUCUGGGUGCUGCGUGCAGCCUUCAGCAGUGACAUGCCUUUAGUUAGGGGAUGCUGCUCAUACAGAGCCAAGGCUCUGCCUGCUCUCCAUGCUGUGCUGUUAUUUACCUCACUGAGGCUGCUCCAUCAGCCGGGGCUGGUUCUGGUGAGCAGGGAAGCACUGGGAAGGGGCCAUAGCAGAGGCUGUGGUGUCACUCACAUCUCUGCUGCCAGUUCCAUGAGCCAGGCUGGAGCUGUGCUGAUCACCCCCUGCACCCAUGCAUGUGUGAGCACACACACACACAGUCCCCAAGUCAACAGCGCAGUAGAACUAGCUCACGGUGACUUUCAAGGACUAUGGUUUGUGAUGAGUCUUCCUUAAGCUGAGAUGACAUUGAAACCUCUAAGGGAGAUGAGAGCGUGGCAGCUGUAGCUGUUGGACUUCUGUUCUGCUCUUGAGAUUCCUGUGGGAGGAAUAACUGCUGUCCCUGCUUCCCCCCAGCACAGAAGGAGCUGAGCAGGGCAGGGAGGGACUGCAGCAGAUUCCCUUUCCUUAGCCAUCCUUCUUCCUCAGUGGGAUUUUUAGCUAAAUGGCUGACUAUUCCACUAGCAUAAGAACAAGAAUUAAAGUGAGCUGCACCAGAUUCUGCCUAAACAGUCUGAUUUUCUGGAUGAUGAUGGUUGUUACUGAUUUAGGGGUCAAGCCUGAAGUCUUUACCAAGGAAAAAAAUUCCAAUUUUAGUUUUCUGCCUCCACAAAAUCUUGAAAAUUGAGCCAAAAGGUAGAAGAAACCAACAGUUACAUGUGAGAAAUACCUCCAGAAUAUGGAGGAUGCAGUUUAUGGUACUUGAGUUUGAAACACUGCCUACUUUAAAAAUCUUUGCUGCAAAACGUCUUGUUAAAUUUCUACUGAGCCUAUUAGCAGUGGGACCUCCACAACUUUAUCCUUAGCCCUGCACCUUCCUGUAUUGUGCUUGUGUUUUUGAAAGGUGCAAAACAAAGCCCCAUCCAGUACUUAACAAAAGGAGAAGUCAGAAACAGCUCCACCACUCCUGCACUGCUCACUUAUUCAGAGUUGCUGGUACAACAGAGCAGUAUCUAUCUGACAGAAAUAGACUCUUAAAAAAAUUAAAAAAUUGGAGUGAUAAAAAUAACGCUAAGUUGUAACAAGUAAAAACAAAAAGAAUAGGUAACAUCCUUACUUAGCCAAGUUUUCACCUUUCUACAUGAUGUCAGUACAGUCUUUUCCUAUCUAUGGUGUUCUCUUUCCCAUCUUCUCCCUUUUCUUAAGCUCCAGGAGAAGAAGGCAGCGGUGGCUAGGGGUGAGUCCUGCCGCUUCCCUGCAAGUAACAGACAGCAGUGUGGUGUUAGGAAUCCUGUUUGGGGGCAUUCAUUUUUUGCCAGUAGCUCAGAGGCAUCUCUGAAUGGCUUUAGAUAAGCCUGUUUUGCACAGUUAACUAGCACAGAAAGAAUCACUGCAUCACCACCACGCACGUGUUUGGAAAGCAGCGUCUGGUUUUGCUAUUAACAGAGCAGCUGUUUCUUUCUGAAGCAGGCAGAGGAAUUACUUGACAUGAAAAUAAUUCAAAGAUAAAAUUUGUACAAGGUAAGAGAGAAAUUCUGAAUAAAUGUGGCAGUGAUCGUUCUAGUACUGUGACACUGUAAGAGAAUGCUGGGGGCUCGCACAUGUUGGAUGGAAAAAUAGAGGGCUGAAGUGAUGAAAAAUCACCUUUUCAUUGUAUCAAGCAAUUUUCCCCCUAUCUCUGUCCAAAACCAAAAGCUGAACAGUGAGCCCAGAAGAACCAGUGGAACGUACAGGGCAGUUUGCUGAGCAGGUCCCUCCCUCAGCUGCUAUCAGGUAGCUCCAAGGCUGACUUUCAUUUUAAGAAUGGUCUCUAAAGAGGCAACACUUGGGAAGUACAAGGUUUUUGUGCAGGACUUCUUCAAUCAGUGAUCUACAUAACGACCUGCAGUUCUUCAGAGAAGAAACAGUUUGUCUUUUGACAGUGGAAAAUUUCACUUGGUUUCAAAGGAAGGUCUCCCAAAACUCAAGUCUCAAGUCUGCUGAGGCACAUCAGACUGAAACGUCCCAGGUUAGUGGUAGAGAAAGCGUAGGUUUUUCCUUUAAGCUGCAGAUAAUCCAUACUUCAUCCUCUUCUGCUGCGGCAAUGUUUGUACACCUUGUCCUAAGUGUGUGAUUGGUGAUGCAGGUGGCGGUGUUCCUCUCUGCCUUAUCCCUUCAUUUCUCCAAGGGCUGUCGUGGAUCAAGAGCGUGGCUCCUGUGUGAAUCUAGUUUUGUAUUAAAGAUGAUUGAAAACUGUUUGGCUCGCAGUGACUGAGAAUUGAGAAACUGCCUUACUGUUACAUUUUUUGUAAUAAAAAUUUUAAUAUAAAAAAAUGGGCUUAAAAUAAAAGCCACUGCCAUUAGCAGUGAAAAAUCCUCCACAUCAAA